AUGCUACUAAGAUCGUUAUAUGGUCUUAAACAAGCUAGCUGUCAAUGGAAUGAGAAGCUCACUGUUGCACUGAUCAAGAUUGAUUUUCAACAGUCCAAAUCCGAACCUUCAUUGUUUACCAAAUGUGCUCAUGAUGGUUUCGUUGCUUUGUUAGUAUAUGUUGAUGAUAUAAUCAUUGCCAGUGCCAACAUAUCAACCAUCAACUCUGUUAAACAAUUUCUGGAUAACAAGUUUAAAAUCAAAGAUCUAGGACCUCUUGGCUAUUUUCUGGGGAUCGAAGCAUGCAGAACAAGUGAUGGAUUGAAUUUAUGCCAGCGUAAAUAUGCUUUAGAUAUUUUGGAAGAUGCGGGGUUCCUUGAAUGUAAGCCAGCAAACACUCCCAUGGCUCAAGGAUUAAAACUCUCACAUGAUGAUGGAAUUCCCUUGACUGAUCCCAGCUGCUACAGAAGGUUGGUUGGCAGAAUGUUAUAUCUUACAACCACUCGACCGGAUAUUGCUUAUUCAGUUCAACAACUGAGCUAA